CAGUGGUUGUUAUUUAAUUACUUAAAAAAUGGGCAGAUCACGAUCUCGUUCGUUAUCUCGGAAAAAGUCGUCACGUCGCCGUUCAUCAUCUCGUUCAAAACAUCCUGGGAAAAAAAGCCGGCAUCAUACACCCGAAAGAAAAUCAUCAAAAUAUCGGCAUCGAUCAGAUAGUUCGUCCAACUCAUCGACAAACCGCUACAAAUCAUCAUCGAAAUACAAAAGUAAACGACAAAAGAAGCGUGACUCACGAUCUCCAUCGUCGCAUAGGAGCCGGCACAGACGGAGACGAACGAAAUCUUCGGAUUCAUCAAGCCGUAGUAGCAGUUCAAGCAGCUCAAGUAGUAGCUCCACGAAACAUACACACCGAUCCUCAUCGUCAUCAGAUAAACUGCAUCGAAACAAACCAUCCUCAUCGUAUGUCGACAGAAUUCGUGCGAUGCGUACGCCAACACCACCACCAGCAGCGAAGCUGAACUUUGAUGCAGGCAUGGAAUUUUUGGACAAACGACAAGUUUCAGAUGCUCUCGAGGAAAUCAAUGCCAAUGAUUUCCAACCGAAGACAUUCAACUCGUCGGCAAACAACAAGAAUGAAAAGUCAGACGCAGACAUAAUUAAGUUGAAGGGCGAGAUCAAAGGCGCCAAAACUGAUACAAAUGACGAUCCGCUGUUUCAUCAAAAGCUCUUUCGCGACGAUGACGAACGUAUGAAGGAAUGGGUUCACCGAUUUUACACCUAUCGACAGAAAAUGUUUGGUGCAAAUAACUGAGAUUUAGAUUAAGGAGGAGUUGAAAUUUUACAAAUUAUAAUAUAAAUUGUGUCAUGACCAAGAAAUUGUAUGAAUAAAAACAAACAUUUGAUUAAGA